GUGGCUGGGGAGGACCGGACUUUGAGCCACCACCCUCGGCUUCAGGCGACGUUGCUUCCGGGUUCUUUUUGGAGGGGACGUCUAGAGAGGAGGCGGAGACGGAGUCUAGAGCCGAGGAGGACUCUAGCCGCGGGUUUGAGACUCCGGAGGAGGAUGGGCGGCCGAAGGCACUGAAGAUUCGUGGGGAAGCGAGAGUCCCCGACGAGAGGAAGGAGCCUAAGACCCAUGAGGCGAAGACCCUUAUAAUUCCUGCUGGCACUGACAAUUGGAUAUUUCCUCCGGGGGUCAAGGGGCGCCUGCCUAGCAGCAUGAUUGGAGCUUUGCUUAGGAAGUUCUGGCCGGGCAAGUACUAUCCCCUCGGCACUGUCCCAGCUGGCGAGAAGAAGCUAGCCACUACUUGGACGGACUACGAGAGUGCCCCUGGCGUAGGCUUCCCGACGGCUGCUGAGGCCGUGAUGAGAAAGUUUUGGUGUUUUUAUCGUGUGGCGCCCGAGGUUGAGGAGGCGGCCGCGAACAGGACUUUGCGGGCGACUUGUGAGAGGUUGACACCGCAGGUGUGGUACAACCAAAGGAUCACGUCCGCGGGUCACUUCUGGGCAGAGAGAGGCGAGAGGGUCCAUAAGCCGGACAUUGUCGGUAAGAAUGCUAAGGCCGAGUACGAGAUGACGGUGGAGGACUACAUUUUGAUGCUUCAUUUCUUCAAAGACUGA